AUGUCUAGGCACCCUAAAACUAAAAAUGUUUUACCUAAAAAGCAAAGGUCGAUUUUAGAGUUUACAAGGCAUCGAGAAGAGAAGAGUGUCAACACAAGAGAAGAAACCAUAGAUCUAACGAAAGACGAAGAAGAAGACUUCGUCAAAUCAGAAUAUGUGGACGAUGAAAUUAAUACGAGUGAAAUUCAAGAUAUUAUAUGUCCUGUUUGCAACAUUGCCAUCAGCGAGUUAACUUUUGAAAUCAGGAUAAGGCAUGUCGAACAAUGUUUAACACAACUGUUGUUAAGUGAAAAAAAGGUACAAAUUGAUAUUCAAUCUUCAAAAAAGAGGAAGGGAAAAUAUGUGGCACCAUUGUUAAAAGAGAAAGAGAAGUAUGUCAAUAAGAAACUUAAGGUUGAAGAAAGUGGCUCUAAGAGCGUAAUUAAACCCCCAAGUAACCUCAAGUUAUCUACUACCCGAUCCGGCAUCCCUGAGGUCAAGAUACUUUCUUUCCCUAUUUCAUACAAAUCUUGGUAUAAAAUCGCAGUCGAUGCUUUCCAUUAUUCCCACGAUAAAAGUAUAGAUCAAUAUUUUUUAACUCAUUUUCACUCCGAUCAUUAUGGAGGUAUAUCAAAAAAGUGGUGUUAUGAAAGGCUAUUCGAGAAUGUGGAAGAUUUCGAAGAUCAACUGAAAUACAAAAGAUUAAUUUAUUGCACUGAAAUUACUUCAAAACUCUUGACAAUGAGGUUUUCAAUAGAUCCAAGGUUUAUGAAAGUUUUACAGUUUGACACUAGAUAUAAAGUCAAAAGCUAUGAUUGCCUGGAGGUUGAAGAUGGUGGAUGUCAAGAUGAAGGUGAAACUUUGGGUCUAUAUGUCACUCCCAUAACUGCUAAUCAUUGUCCUGGAGCUGCAAUUUUUCUUUUCCAGUCUAUUGCAGCUGAUAGAACCGAUUUUUGGGCACUUCAUUGUGGAGAUUUUAGAGUUAACAGUAGCAUAUUGAAGCAUCCUAAGCUUCUUCGAUUCAGUAUUGAGAAUAAGGAAAGCGGAAGCUCCUUAGACGAGGUUUACCUUGAUACAACUUAUAUGUCACCAAAUUACAAUUUCCCAAAGCAGGAACUGGUUUGCGAAUCGAUAUCUGAAAUGUUAUAUGAUUUGAUUAGUCACGACGGGAAAACUUUAUGCUCCUCCUUAUUUGGAGCUGUAACACAGUCCCGCAUAACUGAUCUUUUACCUCUUAGAAAGAAGAAGAAAAAACUUCUUAUUUUAAUUGGAACUUACUUAAUUGGUAAAGAAAACCUUGCCAUUUCUAUCCUGAAAAGGUUAGGCUGUCCUAUAUUUGCACUGACAAUCGGUAGCCGUUCUGAUAAAUCUUCGAUUCUAAGAAGUUAUAAUAAUGAGUACUUGAAUCUGAAUUUGGUUGAUGACGACCUUGGAAACGAUACCGACUGUGUGAUCCAUUUAGUCCCUAUGAAAAUUGUUAAUGGUUCUAAGGAGAUACUAAAUUACUUUAACCACAAUAAAUACUUUCUCCAUUUUGAAAAAUGUAUUGGGAUAAAGCCUACAGGUUGGACCUUCCACGAUAAAUAUGCUUCCAAAUCGCUGGAUACAGUAGAAAGAGAAGUAGAUGAGAAUAAAUGUGACACUUCGGUAAAGGUUCAUGGGUUGGGUGAGGUCGUCAAAAUAAUGAAAGAAAGGCCACGAUUUUCUUGCGCCGACGAUAUCGUCUCGCAAGGAGAAAUGAGGCAAAGUAAAAAAAAGAAGGAUGGACAAGCAUGUAAGAUUUACAGCUUGCCUUACAGUGAGCAUUCGUCUUAUCGUGAAUUGUCAUACUUUGUUGUGUUUUUCAAAAUUGAAAAGGUCAUCCCUACAGUGAACCUAGAAAAUCCAGAAUAUAGAUCAAACAUGUAUGAGAUUAUUAAAACUUGGGAAGAAAUUCGUCAUUUGAAAUUACAAAAUGAUGUCACGCAUGAUAAAGAACUGGAUAUUGUUAAGAAUAUAAAAAGCCUAUCGUUGAAUACAUUUUGA